AUGAUUGCAGGAAAAAUGAGAAAAAGACGUAACAGAAAAAUGCCAAGGAUUAAAGUUAAGAGCGCGAGUAAACUUUUUAAGCCCAUCAAGCAGGAGAUAGUUGAAGAUAUUGAACCUACUUGUCAAUAUUGCAGAAAAACAUUUCGAUCCUAUUAUUCAAAAGUCCUACACGAAGAUUACAGUUGUAUUUCAAAUCCCCAGAAAGUGCGAAAGGAAGAAAAGAUGAUUCAAAUCAAGCUAGAGAAAUGCGACGAGAGAAUAAAAAAUUAUAAGUGCGAAAAAUGUUAUCGAACAUUUUCCAAUGAAUCAAAAAUGAAGAGUCAUUUGAACAGUGGACCCUGUCAGAUAAAGGACGAGAAGCCAAGAAUUUCUUUGUUGAAAAAUUAUUUGCACAGUUGUUCAAAGUGCAAUGCUUGCUUUAAUGCCAGGCACAAUUUAAUGAGACAUUUAAGAAACAAUUGUCGUACGUACAAUGAAAAUUGGAUGCCAGUAAUAAAUUCAGUAACAACUAUUCAAGAAAUGAUACCACGUGAUGAACUAAUGGCACAAGCAAAUGGUUGCCAAUGUCGCUUUUGUUUCAAAAUGUUUGGCACUUUUGGUGCAAAAAAUCGACACGAGAACAAUUUUUGUUUCCUAAAUCCAGAAGCCGCUCUUAAAGCGAAUAAAUUGUAUUGCUGUGAGGCUUGCGGAGCAAAUUUCAGUAAAAUGAAUCACUUUAGAUAUCACAAGAAGAAUGAUUGUGGAAUACUUCACAAAUGCAACUGGACACUUCCCGAAAUGCAUAAAUCGAAUAGAGGCAGUAAGUACAGACCUCACAUUUGCGAAUAUUGCGGCGCAAGUUAUGCAAGUUAUGGCAAUUUAACGUAUCACAAGAAGCACGACUGUGGCAGAAGGCAUCAGUGCUACAAAUGUGGUCAAUCUUUUUCACAAAAAGGUUCAAUGAUAAGACACGCGAAACAAAGGUGCCAUUUCACACCGAGAGAAACAAUUUAUUCCUCGUAG